CAGCAAGUUGAAGAAACGGCUCACAAAGCGCGUCAUCCCAGGACAGGCCCAAAUCGAGUACCGCUUGCUUCAGCACCGGGGGACCUGCGUCGCCUACAGCCGACUCAACGAGCGUCGACAUUGGAGGGAAAGGAAGUCUCUUAUGGUCAGAGAAGAGAAGGCGGUGAAGUGAGUAGGAAGACCUAAAUGGAGGACAUGACUCCAAUUUAAGGUUAGCGGUUCUCUCGCACAGAUCGUGCGCGCUAGGUAUGACUCUCUCUCUUACCCUAGCUUGCUUCACUUUCUUCGCGAAAACCGAGGCCAUGUCGAAUGAAGAUGCUCGGACGCCAGCUCCUGUGCAGACCAUACCGCGCUGGAGAGAGCUUGUAAAUGCGCAGGUUGAUGCUUGUCUAGCCCGCAGUGGGCCCGACGACGACGCGCUCUUCUACUCGCUGGCCACCGUCACUCCCGCUGGUGCGCCCUCGGUUCGGACAGUGGGCCAUCGAGGAUUCGUCAACGAGCGCAUCAUCGAGGCGCAGGGCGGCCUGCUUCCGUCCAAGCAUUCUUCGGCUGCUGGAACACCAAGCAAGGCGAGGCGAGAGCGCGUCGACGGCGACUUUGGCACAACGGACGCGGUAUGGAUCACAACAGACGUGAGGUCGGAAAAGGCAAAGGCGCUCCUGUCAGACGAUUCUGGUGCGGCGAGCAGGCGAGGCGCCCUUGUCUGGUGGUUCAAGGACGCUGGAGUACAGGUGCGAGUGUCCGGCUCGCUCCAUCUCAUAUCGCACGCUUCGCCCCGUCAUCGACUAGGACCAGUGGAGCCUGGCUCGAGAGAAGCGGAGGCAAACUUCGACUGGCAAGCGUUUCGCAGACGAGCUUGGACCGACCUCCAAGAUGACCUUGUCGAUGCUUUGAAGAGACCCGCACCAGGGUCCGUCCAUCCGAACGCUGCACGGCUCGAGGAAGAUCGAGGGAGGUGGCCCGGCGACAAUGGUGAGGGAGACGAGGGUCUCGACCUGUCCAAGUCUCCUGAUCCCGGCUCACGAACUGAGGAGGCAUUCGAGAAUUUCGCACUGCUUGUGUUGCAGCCGGAUGAGGUGGACAUAUGGGAGCGAGCACACGAUCGCAGGAGCUCUUGUCGAAGGGAUCAAGUAGGAUCGUGGACGGAACAUAGAAUCGUACCCUGAUCCUGUCCUUCGACAUAGCAAAGCCCUUCCUUUCAACCACUCGAGAUCCUCUAGAUGAGAGACAUUC